ACCAACGGCGCUCCGGGCAGGCGGGGCCACAGCUGCAAGCGCUCGCUGGCCUCGGCAGGACCGGGCCGUGCUGAGCGGCGGCUGUGCUCCGAGUGUCGCCGGGCUGCCGGCCGCCGAGCAUGCUCGCCCUGAGAGUGGUGCCAGUGCGAGCAGGCUGCCCGCCGCCCCGCCCCGCCGCGGCGGACAGUCCCGCGACACCACCGCCAGCCUGGACCGAGGGCUCGAGUCCGCGCCAGGUCGCCGCUGGCUCCCACGCUGCCCGCUGCCCCCGCUGGCCGAGCCGCCCUCCUUGGUGCCGUGGGUCCGGCACCUGAAGAAACCCAUCUCCUCGGUGCAGCUGCGGGGACGCGUCUCCUUCUCAUCUGGGGCAUUGAAAGAAGACAAGAUGGCAGUACUAUCGCCUGACAUCAAAGUGGAGGCUUCCAAAGUCACCAGGAGUUCCUUGGACAACUGCUUUCUAUUUGAGAGCAGCUGGAGGAAAGCAGUUUUGGAAACACAGAAGAUGAGGAAAGCAUUUGGUCUAGAAGAGCCCAAAGAAUGUCUCAAAAUGCCAUAUUUACCAGAAUUGCCAAGUUGCCCGAAGAGCUUAAGUUCAACCCCACUAGAGAUCCGUAAGCACCUGCUGCAUGCUGAGUCAGAAAUCCCUCCGAUCAGGAUUAAGAAGACCAAAGAGUCGUGCAGCAUGCCAGCACUUCAAGAGAAGUCAAAAGGCUCUGUCUUCAGUGACCCUUUCACAGGAGCGUCGUCUCAGUUUCUACAGAGACUUUCUAGAAUGGCCAUACUGGAAUAUGACACUAUCCGCCAAGAAACACACAAGAAAUCAAAGCGAGGCAAGAAGCGAGAUCUCCGAGAAUGCUGAGGGUCCUGCAUCAUGCCAAGCUUUCUACCCUGGGCCAUGUCUCUUUUUCUUUCUUUCAUUCUUUUUUGAUAUGUGAUAUGAUAUACAUACAAAUGGAAAUGUAAAUAGCAAAUAAAUAUUUUAUGUUAUAUAUGCAA